AUGUCGUGCUCCUUCAGGCUCUUCUUGACCCGCUGCUUGAACGAGCUCAACUCGUCCGCAGUGAAGGCAUCGGCUUUCGAAAUCACAGGAACAAGGUUCACUCUCGUGGACAGGUUCUUCAUGGCCUCGAUGUCGAUUUGGCUCAAUCCGGUGGCAGAAGGCACAAUGAAGUACAAACACACGUGGAUUUCCGAGUGGGAAGUGCUGCUGCGGUCCGGCUGGUUCUCCUGGAGUAUCAAUAACGUUGAGUCUGAGGAGGAAGUUGUCCUCAACAAGCUCGAUCUUGUGCGACACAAUCUCGGUCGUCUUUCCCGAGAGACCGCCCAGCUCUGUGGUGGGCUCACAAACAACGGUGUCGAACAGGGUGUUGAUGAACGAGGUCUUGCCUGUUCCGGCUUCACCAACCACCAUGAUGGUGAAGUGGGCUCCCUUCUUCAGCGCGUGCAACCGCUUGAGGAUCGGCAAACAGGCAAGCCCAACGUCACCGGGAUACAUGUUGGCAAUGGCAGACUCCAUGUUGUAAUGAGUGGGGAACUCGUCGUCCUUGAUCAGGGUGCUGGAACUGGACGUGCUGGGAGCAAGGUUCUCUGCCUCAAGGGGACCGCCGGCGCUUUUGUUGGAGGGCUCGGCGUCGAGGUCGAUGUUGUCGCUCUUGAGCGAAGCGCUGGGCGGAGAAAACAGGUCGAUCGAGCUGAUCACGCGUUUGUCGGCAAAUUCGUCCACUUUGGUGGCCAUGGCUGUUAA